AUGGAUGCAACAUCUUCUACAGCUGCUGCCCCAGCUAGCCUGUCUACCGAUGUCUUGGUCGAUAAGAUACAGGGAGUUGCUAUCGGAAAUGCUCUUGGUGAUACAAUUGGGCUCUAUACAGAGUUCCUGAGCGGAAUCCAGUCGCAGAUGGCAUACCCAAAAGCCAACUUUCGGCUCACUGAACCGACUACUCCUCUUUAUGUCGAUAGACACAGAGCAAGGUUUGAAGAAAGAGCGUGGACCGACGACACCGACCAAAUGCUUUUAAUUCUCCUCUCAUACCUCCAUAACAACGGAACUCUGACACAAAAGGACUUUGCUUCCCGCCUACACACGUGGAUCGCAAUGGGACUUCGUGCGCUUGAUCGACUACCCCUUGGAAUUGGUAACACCGUUGGCAUGGUAGUAACACACACGAACUUCCUUUCCGAUCCCGCAGGAGUCUCGAAGGGUCGUUGGGUAAAUACAAAGUGUGUCAAUGCCGCAAACGGCGCUGUGAUGCGUACAUCGAUUAUUGCACCCAUGUUUAUCAAUAAAACACUGGAGGAAACAUACCAGGCCGCCAUUGACAUUGCCAUAGUCACCCAUGCGGAUCCAAGGUGCUUGGUUUCUUGCGUAGCUGUUGUUGGCAUUAUACGUGCGUUGUUGAAAGGGGAGUUGACAUCUGAAGAGAUGAUCAAUGGUUACCUUGAUCAUGCAUGGGCGUGGACGGAUGCGUAUGCUAAGGAGCAUAUUUUGAAGGAUGAUGAAGGGAAUGAGAUCGAGUAUAACUUUGAUCGGGCGGAGUACGAUGCCUAUUGCAAGAUUAGCCCGAAAAAGAUGUAUAACGAUAAGAAGGAUGGGAUGAUAGUUGAUGAUAGACGACUGGGAUACACAUAUAUUGCGCUAGGGUCGGCGGUGUGGUGUCUGAGGAGGGUAAUGUUGGGGAAGGAUGACUUUAAGAGUGUAAUUACAAAGUUGAUUAUGAUGGGUGGGGAUGCUGAUACCAAUGGUGCGGUCGCGGGCGCCCUUGUCGGUGGAUACGUUGGCCACAAGGCUAUCGCGCCGGAAUGGAGAGAUGGACUUAGAUACAAUGAUUGGUUGCUGAAAAAGGUGGAGGGUAUGUGUAUUCUUUCCGGUGUUAUCACGGACAAAACAUACAUCCCAACAGAGGACUUGGAUACCGCUCCGGAUGGCAACCGUGGGUUCUUAGACGAGGCAGAUAUCCGAGAGCGAGAGAAAGAGCUGAUGAAAAUGAUCCUCGAGAAGUUGGAUGCUCAUCAAAAGGCUCAAAAGAAACCAAAAAUUCAGAACCUAUGGGGUCUGUUGGACUAA